AUGAGAAUAAAAGUUCGUAAAAGUGCAAGUUUCCAAGAAUGCAGACAUUUGAGUUCAGCUACCAGCGAUGUCUCUACGUCAUCAAGCACGUCAGAGGGUUCAGACACACCGUUGAGGAAAUUUAACCGCUUGCUUCGGAGUGCCGUAGCUGGGCGAUGGUCAGUCUUCAAAAAGCAAGCAGGUCUUAAGACCAGGGGUCGAUCAGUCAGCAUUGCCGGACUCUGUACCAUCGGUGAUAAAGAUAUCGGCUACAUAGAUUUUCCUGAACUAAGCCAACGGAGUUCGUUAAUUCAUAGCAGAUCUUUUCAGUGUGUACCAUCUCUAUCUUUUACGUCGGCAGGUGGGUCGAGCAGUUCGCACGGGCUUGAAGAAGCCAGCGACGGCAGCGACGCCGACCGUCCACGCAGGCACCUACGAGUUCCGUCUACUGUAUAUCCGGGGCACACGCGUAGCACGCACUGUAGACAUGCGUAG